AUGCGAAAGCAUCGCCUCGCUGAUGUGGGUGCCUUUGCUGCCGUCCUGACAGCCUGCCGCACUGGGGCUGCGUGGCCAACAUCACUCGCAAUUCUCCAAGAAGCCCGACAAACGCAUGUCCAGCCUGAUGACAUUUGCUGCAAUGCAGUGGUGUCAGCAUUGACACGUGCCACGCAGAUUGCCCAAGCGCUGGUGGAGUCACAGCUAACGCUCAAAACACCAAACUUCAACUCAAUCAUCAUGUCCCUCCGCCAUACUUCAGCAGCUUGGGCAUAUGCCUUCGAUGUCCUUGCACAUAUGCAGAACCGGCGGGUUGCUGCAGAUGUUGGCACUCUCAAGGCAGCUGCAAGCAUUUGUGGCCUAGGACGCCCAGACCUGGUCCUCAGCUUAUUCAAAGGCUUAGAAGAGCUUCGCGUACAACCUGACAUCAUUGCGGUAAACAUGCUCAUGGGCUCCCUGGAAAGAUGUCACAAGUGGCAGGCGGCUUUACAUCAUCUUCACUUGUACUGCAGUGAAGGUCUCAUUCCUGAGCUGACUACUUAUAACUCGGCGAUCAGCGCCUGCAGCAAGGCAGCUCGAUGGGCCUGGUCCAUGCACUUGGCGGAUACUGGGUUACUGUUAAGGGCGGACGAGAUCACAAUGGGCAGCCUUAUCACUGCCUGCUCAUCUCAGGGUUACUGGCGAUUGGCACUGCAGUUGCUUCAUGCCUCAAAGCAUGGAGGAUCUCCGAGCCUGAUUGCUUUUCACUCUGCCAUCACGGCGUGUGAUCGGGCAGGACGAUGGAUGUGGUCCCUCCACCUGUUCAGUGAUGCCAUUGCAAGCCGAUUGACUCCAGAUGUCAGCUUGCUUGGUGCAGUCCUUUCUGGUUUGGAGAAAGCACAGCAUUGGACACGAUCUUUGGCCUUGCUAUGCCGCAUGGCCGGGGACGGAUACUCUCCAGAUGUUGCAGUCCUUACAUCUGCAAUCAGUGCAUGUGCAAAAGCCCAUUGUUGGGAGAUGGCGCUCCUGCUUACCCAUGAGGUGAUGUCUCAUUCCAACCUCAUCCCGAAUGAGGCCACAGCAGGUGCUGCCCUCUCAUCCUUGUCGCCUGGCUCCUGGCAGCUUGCCGGAUGUUUCCUGGAAUUGCUUCGUGCGCAGCGCCUGCAGCAGUCCAGCCUUCUCCUGGAGCCACUGCCUACAAGGUGCUAUGACAGGAUCUUGACGUGGCCCAGCAAGAGCCUGCUUCAUCAAGGCGUUCUGGUUGCCAACUACAUCGCGGAGGAUUUGGUGGAUCUGAGGGAUCUGCCUCCACCCCUGGCACAAGCUACAAUGCGUGAUUCCUUGAGCCAUGUACUGUUGGCGGGCCCGGCGGCAAACCCAACGGCGGGGGAAGUUGCGAGGCAGGCGCAGCAAGCAUUUUGUGAAACAGCUAUGGGAACGGUGCAGGGCCUGGUGGAGCAGCUGGGAUUCAGACACAAGGUGCAGAGAAGUGGAUAA